CCCACUAAAGCCCGCACGUCGCGGCGAUCCCCCCCGCCCCUGGAGCCGCUCUAACCAUUGGACGGCGCUGCCGGAGCGGGGCCGGCGGCUCCUGCCCCUUUAACACCCCGGGGGCGGGCCCUGCGGGGGGGCGGAGGCCGCUCCCUGUCCCGGUGCGGAGGCGACGGCGGUAGCGCUCUGCUGCGGCCAUGUGGGACCCCAGCGCAGGCCAGCCCGGCCCCGCCUACCCCCCCGGAUCGGGCCCCGCCUACCCCCCGGGGCCAAACCCGGCUUACCCCCCGGGGCCAAACCCCGCUUACCCCCCGGGAUCCAUCCCAGCUCCCCCCCUGGGGCCAAAUCCCACCUACCCCCAGGGCCCGAUGCCCCCCAGCUCCUACCCCAUGCCCCCCGGCCCCGGCCAGCCCCCCUACCUGCCAGGCCAGCCAGUGCCUCCCCCCUACCCCGGGGGCCCUUACCCCCCGAUGUGCCCCGGGGUGCCGGCGGGGAUGGGCAUUGUCGCCCCCCUGGUGCCCGGGGCCCCUGCGCUGGAUAAGAAGGCGGCGAAGAAGAUGAAGAAGAAGAUGAAGAAGGCGCACAAGGGGCACAAGCCACACAAGCUGCACGGGAAGCGCUCCUCCUCCUCAUCCUCCAGCAGCUCCUCCGACUGAGCCCGCCCGCCCGCCGCAGCUUGCCAGGAGAUGCAACCUUUGCCCGCCUGCGGAAGCCAAGCCCCUGGAUCAUCCCACUCCCUGAGGCCCCAGGCCGAGGCCCUGCCGCGCUGGGAUCAGGGCUAAAAGCAGGCGCCAGGCACCAGAGCCAGGAUCCGGCCGGGAUCUGGGGUGAUCCACUCAAUCCCUGGUGGCCUCAGCAACCUGGGGCCUGCUCACAAGCCAGAAGGAAAUCCAGACCCCCCCCUCCCCCAGCCAAUCCCUUCCUCCCUGCACUGUGUAGCUUCACCCGAUUGGCUGCUUUGAUGCUGGGGGAGGGGGGUGUUAUGGAUUGGCCAAGGGGAUCUUUUUAGGGGUCCCAGUGGGGGGAAUUGACCAAUCCCAGGCUCGCUCUUGUGAUCUAGUGCAGCCUGGACGCUGCCUACCUCACGGUCAGGACUGGGCAGGACAAGGCCCUGCCUGGUCCUCAGCCCCAGACCUGCACUGGGGGCGACUGGGUGGGGGCGCGAGCUCCCUCCGGGCUCCGCAGCGCUUGCCUUGCACUCGCCUUUCAAUAAAGCCUCUUGGUUUCAACCCC